UCAAGUGAGUGGAAGGCAUCAUUUUCACUUGAGUCACUGAGGAUGCGCGUGCACGUCCUUCUCGGGCUGGUGCUGGUGUGCGCCGCGGCGACGGUGCACGGCCAGGGGCGCCUGCUGGCGCUGCCGGAGAUUGAUCUCUGCGACAACCGCCCCAAGCAAUGGCAGCACGGCGGGCACAAUUACUUCUUCUCGUGGGACCAGGAGGGCUCGGACUUCCAGGAGGUGAACCCCAAGACUGGCCGCUCGGAGGGCCGCAAGGUGGACUGGCUGGAGGCGCGCAACCAGUGCCGCCGCCGCUGCAUGGACGCCGUCGGGAUUGAGUCGCAGGCAGAGAACGACAUGAUCUUCGACUUUAUCAAAAGACGCAACAUCACCUACAUCUGGACGUCCGGCCGCCUAUGUGACUUCACGGGCUGCGAGGAGCGCGCGGAUCUCAAGCCCCUCAACAUCAAGGGCUGGUUCUGGUCCAACACCAACACCAAGAUGGCCGACACCAACCGCACCCCCCCCGGCUGGAGGUACCAACCCUGGAGCGACAAGGGCCACACCGGGGGACCUCAGCCCGACAACGCGGAGUUCGACAUCAACCAGACCUCGGAGUCCUGCUUGGGCGUCCUCAACAACAUCUACAACGACGGCAUCAAGUGGCAUGACAUCGCCUGCUACCACAAGAAGCCCUUCGUGUGCGAGGACAGCGAGCAGCUCCUGCAGUACGUGGAGGGGCUCAAGAGGCAGGGGCAAUCUGGUCGAGGUCGUCGUCAAUAACCAUGCACGCCUCUUUCCUCACCCACUGUCUCCUUUAGCCUCAUCUCUUCUCUCUUGGCCCUCAAGCAACCCUUCCUCCUCACCUACUUAGCCUCCUUCAGCCUUACCUUUUCUCUUCUGGCCCUGAAACAACCCUCCCGUCACACACAGGCAGACUACGGCGAGGUAACAGGCGGCACCUUGCUAAGCCGCCUGUCCCCUCGCCAAGGCUCCUGACGGCCCUUCUCUCCCCUCCUCUCGGUCCUGUGAGACAAUCUUUAAUCCCUCUUCAGAGACCCAAAAGGAAGGACCCAGCGUACGCCCUCCCAGCCCAUCCUUCACCUCUGUUCCAGGUCCUGUAACACUUUUAAUCGCUCUGUUCCAACACUCGCCACAUACCUGCCACCACAACACAAGCGAACGUGUGAGGCGAGGCUGCCCCCCUUCACCCCCUUCCUAGGUCUUCCAACAUCCGUCCCGCUGCAACACUAACCGCACACCGCCACCACAACAUAGCCGAGUGGCGUGAGGCUCACCAGACGCCUCACCGCGGGUCUUCUGCUAAUUUAUUGUUAUCGCAACGCCUCGGCGCCGCGCGUGGCCGCUGUCCGCCCCAUCUGUGUUGGCGGCGUCGGCGGCGACGGCGGCGGCGACGCGCUAUUUAUUGUGACAUCGCCAUCCUGUGCUGUCCAAGACAAUAAAACACAACUGUU